GUGUGUUACAAGUACAAGAAGGUCACUCUAUCACUACAACAACUUCUAGUUCUCCAAGCAACUCAAGACAUGGCAGAAUCUACCUUGUUGCAGAACUUCUAUGAUGAGAUUGAAGCCAACUACACCAUUGACCAUACUGCUGGCUUCUCCAUGGACUACCUUUAUGUCCCGUUCCUGGCAAGCUUUCUUUAUGUGUCUCUGGUGUUCUCUGGCUCCUAUUUCAUGAAGAAUAGAUCUCCCCUCAAGCUCCAAUUGCCACUGACGCUGUGGAAUGCCUUCCUUGCCAGUUACAGUAUCCUGGCCUUCAGUAUAAUGGCCCCACCUCUCUAUCGAGACGUUGUCUCCAAGGGGUUCACUCACUCUAUGUGCAACUCUCCUUGCCAACAGAGUCCUUGGCUCUCAUUCUGGGCCUUGCUCUUCUCACUCUCCAAACUUGUGGAACUUGGUGACACUUUCUUUGUGAUUGUCCGCAAAUCCCCACUCAAUUUCCUUCACUGGUAUCACCACAUCACCGUGCUCUGCUACACAUGGUAUGCCCUCGGGAGUAAGAACGAGGCUGGUCAUUGGUUUGCUGCCAUUAAUCUGGGAGUGCAUUCCGUCAUGUACACCUACUACAUGCUCAAGUCCAUGAAGAUCUACGUCCCUUCCCGUGUGGCCCUCGUCAUCACUCUGCUGCAGCUCACUCAGUUUAUAGUAGGUCUAGUUAUCGUCAUCAACGGAACCUACCUCUAUACCAACAACCUCCCCUGUGGUGUUCAACGAGCUCAUCUCACGGCUGGCUUCCUUAUGUAUGGUUCCUAUUUCAUUCUGUUCCUCGACUUCUUCUACAAUCGUUAUGUGAAAGCCAAGCCCAAGAAGAAGGCCAACUAAACUAUAUGGCGUGCAAUGUGUGUACUGUACCAACUUUCUAAUAUGUUUUUAAGGAUUGAUUUUGGCCUUUUAUAAUUAUUUUGAUACUUAUGUGCUUGCUUCUAAUGAUGUUAUUGUUGAUAAUUAUGUAA